CGGCGCUGCGCAGCCAGCCGGGAACCUUCUUGCCAGGCCAGGCCGCGGCAUGGUGACCCUCCUCUUGCGGGCGGCGGCGGCGGCCGUGCUCCCCCUGCUCCGGCCCGGGCCCCGCGCCGCGUUCCCGCCGGCCUUCUCCUCGCUCCUGGCCGGGGCCCCCCGGGGCGCGCUGCGGCCCCCGCUCUGGGCCGGCCCCGCGUCCUGCCUGCAGCCUGCGCUGGGCUUCAAGACCAAGGGCGUGCUCCGGAAGCGCUGCAAGGACUGCUACCUGGUGAAGAGGCGGGGCCGGUGGUUCAUCUACUGCAAGACCCACCCCAGGCACAAGCAGAGGCAGAUGUAGCCCCCGCAGAGUGACGCGCAGACUGUCGCCGCGUCCUUGCCUUGGGAAGUGGCUUCACGGAUCCAGAGAAUUGCGACGCCAGAGACAGGAGGAUGCGACUCGUAGCAGGCGCCCUCAGUGUUACCCACUACUCUUUUCGGCUCUGAUAUGUCUUCAUGAUUCGUUUACCAUUAAAGAGGUUUUU